AUGUCAAAAUUUAAAUGUCAAUGACAUUUCAGCAGUUUUGUGAGUCAGGCCAGAUACGAAAGGCACGGAAUUUAUAAUUGUUGAAAUAGGCAUUUUUGAAGUAAAAUAUAUUUCGAUGCUUUUGGAAAUAAUGUAAAAUGGCUAUAAACCUAGAUAAACAUAAAGAAGCUUUAAUCAGUGCGUGGAGAGAUGUAUUAGACGAAAAAACCGAAACGAACUGGGCCUUGUAUGGUUAUGAAGGGCUCACAAAUGAUCUCAAGUUCGUCAGCAAAGGAGAUGGAGGCUUGACUGAGUUGAUUGAUGACUUGAAUAGUGGGAAAAUACAAUAUGCAUUCUUAAAAGUGGAUGUACCAAAUGGAAGCAUAUCUAAAUAUGUGCUUAUCAACUGGCAGGGUGAAGGUGCACCAACUGUUAGGAAAGGAACCUGUGCAAACCACAUUAAACAUGUGGCUAAUUUCUUCACCGGUUUCCACUUGACCAUGCACGCAAGAACCGAAGAUGACUUAGACGAAAAGAUAAUCCUAGACAAACUGGCCAAAGCUGGUUCAGCAUUUAAUUUCAAGUCGAGUAGACCCGAGGAAUUACCGCCAAGUGGACCAGUUGGGACUGCAUAUCAGAAAGUUAAUCCGGUAAAAGAAAUCAAUUCAAAAGAGAGAGACCAGUUUUGGCAGAAAGAAGAAAUUGAAGAGAAGAAAAGAAUAGAAGCAGAAAAGAAAAGGAAAGAGGAGGAUAAAAGAAAAGCCGAGGAAAUGGUCAGAAGAAGAGACGAGUUAGAAGCACAGAAAAGAGCGAAAGCCGAACACGACAAAAGUCCAGUGGAAACUGUGAGUCCUACCGGGGUGAGUGCGAGCGAGGCGCUCCGGCGGCAACGGUCUGCGGAAGCGAGACAGCUGAUCGGCUCCUCCACCGCUGCUGCACGAGCACUCUUCCAACAGAACUUGGCUCAAGGACAGAUCAACACCUCAAGAUCGAAUUCGAUCCCAGAAAAGCCCGUACGUAGUUCAGUGAUCGCGCAACGCAUCAACACGUUCACGCGAGGUCAAUCACCCCAACCGGUUUCGCCGGUCAAAGCCCCUACGAAAUUGGACACGAACAUUCCGGAAGUAGGGGUGCAGCCCGAAACGAGUCCCCUGAAGAACAUCGACAAGAUCAAGAUGAGCCUAGAGAGUCCUUCCCAGAUUCAGUACGAGCCGAUCAUCGACCCGUCGGACUUGAGUCCCAGCACUGACGUCGAGCCGGCCUCGUUCGGUGACGUCACGUACGCGGAAUGCAAACGUGACGACAGCUACCGGGACAUCGGAACGGACUCGUCGAAGCAAAGCGAGCCGAUGAUAAAGCAGAACAUUCUGGAAAACGACAUGUUCGACGCAGCGUACUCCAGUUCGAACGAAAACGACGAUGACGACAGCGACAAUAAGUUCAGCACGAUCAAACGGUCGCCCUACAGUAAGAGUAGUGCGGCCGAAGACACCGGCAAGGAGCUCAGCCGACAGAACACAGUCAUAGAGAAUGUUAAUUACAAAAAAGAAGCCAACGGUACCUUAAACGAAGAUGCAUCUCCUGAGGGUUUAGAAGAAGAGGGUACAAUAUACGAAGAUCUCAAUGAAGAUCCUGGACUGACCGCUAGGGCGCUGUACGAUUAUCAAGCUGCGGACGAGUCUGAGAUAACGUUCGACCCGGGGGACAUCAUCUCGCACAUCGAGCAGAUAGACGCGGGCUGGUGGCAGGGGCUCGGGCCGCGGGGGGAGUUCGGCCUGUUCCCCGCCAACUACGUGGAGCUGCUGCCGGCGCACCCCCGCUAGACCCCCCACCCCCCAACCCCCCGCCUACCGGUGGUAAGUCACCUCAGACAGAAUGUAUUAAACGCUCCCAUACAUAUGAAAAAACAAAGCGGAUUAGUCACGUUUUUUUUUCCCUACCUAUUCUUGUUACCUCGAGGGAUUAUUCUGGAUUCAUCGAACCGGGAGUGUUGCCAACACUGGCCCUAGCAAGAGCAAUGCUUCACAGAAUCUACCACCGGAUCGGAAACGUGAUCCACUGAGAAGAUCCGCCGAGAAACUGUGGGCUGAGAUCAAACACGCUGUGCAUCACGCGGUCUCGUGAGGUUAAAAUCAACGAUCAACUGUGGUUACUUUGCGGUAUCGUUCCUGUUAAAAUUCAACACACGACUCAAUGCUAGUAUUCAGACAGUAUUUUAUUCGCUUACAUUUUUCUACAAUAUGUACGGAAAUGUUUUAAAGGCAUUUGUUAGGCAUUAUAUAAACAAUACAGUUUAUUAUCGAUGUCGUAACAUAGUAAAACAGUUUAAAGUUCAAUGCCGAAUACAAUAACGAGACAAAUGUUUCUACGAUCAUAACGUCGGUUAUAUUUCAAGGGAAAAAUAUCGAUAAAUUUGUGACCUUGUCAACUUGCGGUUGAACAAGAUUUGAUUGAUUAAAAUGCUUCGAACGAUUUUUAAAUUUUUAUUGCUCCACAAUGGGACGACCGAUGGAACCCUAGGAUUAAAAGUUAUCAGUUUAGUUGAUAUUAUUUUUAAUCUCCGUCAGUACAUUCUAACUACUAAAUUAGAUUGAAUGUGCCUUAUCACAAUGAUUGCGAUGAUUUUCCCUUCAAUAUUAAAAAAAAAAACUGAUAUUUGUAAAACAUUGUAAACGGCUUAUAUGAUUCUUAAAUAAAGACUGCUUUAAUUGGUAUGAAAUGGAAAGCACAUUAUGGAAAUAAUUAAACAAUUAUGAUACGAGAUGUAAGUUGCCCUCCUCUUUUGUGUGGAAUUAACUAAAUAGUUCAGAUAAGGGAUGGGCACUUGAAAAUUAAUUAAAUAACAAUAUUUGAGUGGUAAAAAUUAAUAAUGACAAAUGCUAUGUCAAUAAUUUUUAUUUGAGUUAUCUUACCACAGAAUAUUGCGUUAAUUAUUUAAUUAAUUAACAUUUUGGAACUUUCAAUUCUAGAUUUAUUUUUGUCAACAAAAUAUUCGAAAUUUUGAUUUAAUUUGACCAGCAUAAAAGUAAUUAAGAAUUAAAUGUAUGAAUAUUUUCAUAACUAAAUAUAACAAAAUUGAAAAAACUAAAAUAAAAAAUGGCCGAAAUAUGUAACAUUGGAAUGCAUUGGACUGAAUUAUUGUGCAUUUCUUUAGUUUUAACUCUAGUAGAUCUCACUAGUAGUGCAAUGUGAAAAUUAGAUUAUUGUCGAUUUUGAUUUAUGUAAAUGCACAUAUUUUUUGCACACUUGAACUUAAAAUUGAAAAUGUAAUAUUUAUGCAAAAAUAUUUCAAUCAGUUUUGUGAGUUUGAUCAUUUCUAUAUGAAUACAUUUAAUAAUGUGUUAUUUUUCUUUAAGUGAAAUUGUAACUAAGCUCACAUAUAAUAUUGUCAUUUUAUGUCUGUCCUAUAUGAUAAGAUUUAUAGGAAUGGACCUUACCAAUGUUUAAGCGAUAUUUUAUUCAUUGUUUAUAGUUAGGUGAUACAGUAAUGCUUCCAUGCUUCAGUAUAAUGUGAACUUAUUUAUAAGCUUGGAAUAUGUAUCGGAAGAAUUAUGAAUAGUGACUAAUUAGCAUACUAAAGAGUAUGAUGCAUGUUUUUUUAUGUUUCAUAUGUCGGUCGGAAUUUGAAUAUGCAUAAAUACAUUUAUUAAUUUAUUUAAGCGAUGGUAAAUAAAUUUAAGUGAAUUUAUGAACACUUUUGAAAAUCGCAUUAUUUACAGGAGUAUUUCCUACCGUUAUCUGCAUAUUAACGUCUCUCUCAAUAUAUAUUAUGAAGUGUCAUGUAUUAAGUUAAAACAAUACUAAUUUUCCAUUUUAAUUCCGAAUCUACAUUUAUUAUGCUUUAUUUUUGUAAUCAUCGGCUUUAUUAUUCGCUUUUUUAGAUUUAGGUACUUAGAAUUAUUAUGAAAUAUGAAGCAAUAUGUAGCUAAUUAUAUUAGUUUACGUUUAUACAUUUGUUCUGAUUGUUUUUAUGUCGAUUUUACUUGUGUAUGUACGUAGCGCCAUAUAUUAAAUAAUUAUUAAAGAAUAAUAAUUUCGGACUUGGUGAUAUUGUCGUAACAGUAUUAGAGAAUGCUGGGAAAUAUUCAAUGUAAUAUUACAGAAAUACGCCAGACAGAUACGCCUUAUAAUGAUGUUUUCUAGUUUUUCUUGUAACGCUAUUUUAAAAUAUUAAUAACUAAAUUGUCAAUAUAACAUUUAACAAAACUGUAGUUUCCGGUAUUGUGGUAAUAGUCUGUUUUUGUAAGUUUGCAAAUAACGAUAAGAAUACGUAAUUUGCUACCUGAUAUUAUCUCUAUUAACCUAAUUAGCGCCUACGGCAAAAUUUCGGACGAUAGUCUAACAAGAAUCGAUGUCUAGAAAAGCCCUUUUAAUAAAUUAAGGGAACAAAUCAAGUUUCAUAUUUCAAAUAACGUACUUACGGCACGACCAAAAUGAUUGUAUUUUUACAAUAAUUUGACGUAUUUAGAGCAUACGAUAAUUUUGCCAUUAGAGAUGUCGAUUCUAUUUAAAAAAGUUCGAAAAUAAUAAUGUGGACUUUUUGUAAAUUUUUAUUAAGGAUUAGUGAAGCCCAUUUGUGCUCCCUUAAAGACAGAAUUCUCUAACUGUGCGAAAAACAUAGGUUUCUGGAAACUACUCGCGUUGUAUGACAGAAACUUUCUCUGCAGUGCCAACAAUACCUGUAUCAAGUUUCAUCAGAAUCAUAUGAAUGGUUUUAGAAUGCAUAGAUGACAAACAUACUUAAACAAACGAACAAAAGUUCAUUACUUUGAUGGUCCGAACACUUUAUAAAAAGUUUAUCUGUUCUUAUCAGUAUAGGGGGCUUGUAAUAGGUACUAUCAAAUAAAGACGAAAGAAAGAUGAGAUACGAAUGGCAAAUGGAUUUGACGAAAUAGUUUUGUGACACCGACGGAAAAUUUGACAUCAUCAGAAUUCAUAGUGAUAUUUGAAUGAACUUUAAAUCCAUGAUGAUUAUCAAGGAAUUUCACAAAAUUUUGUAAAUUCCCAAAAAAAACCAACCGAGUGAUAUAGACGUAUCCUAUUCAUUCGGCACCUUGCAUUUUACACUGUGUCUGUUUCUUAUAGAAUAGUCAAUCGAUGAUGCUAAAAAUAUCGUGUGCUAUGUAUGACCCUAAAUGCCUCAUUCAUAAAAACCUAACAGUAUGUACACCUAAAUAAAAAUUGAUCGAUUAGAAAUUAGAUUAGUACAUAAGAGAAGAAUGUGAAUAUUGGUGGGUGAUUGUAACUCUACAAAAUAGUGUCUUAAUAGUGCCAAUUCAUUAAUCAAUUUUACUAUUUACACUAAUAAACAAUAAACUGUGAAUUUUUAUUCAUUUUAAGUAAUGUAAAAAUGGUCACAAAUUGAACCUUUCUUAAAGUAUGCUAUAAUUUUAGUAAGUAUUACACAGUCUCAAUUCUCCACUAUGGAGAUAUUUUAGCACUUACAAUAUGUACUCAAGGCGAUGUCUGAAUUUGCCCCAAUUUAGAUGUUUAAGAAUAAUCACUUGAAUAUACGUUCAAACAAAUAUAAACGAGCAAGAAUGAUGUUAUUUGUAUACUUUUGUACUCGAAACUAGGUAUAAACAAUCUGUUGCCGAUAGCUCAUAAAGUUACAGAAGUUUAGUGUGACCAGGAAUGUGUACCUCUACAAUUGCAGUAGAACUUUUGUAUGGUGCUCCAUUGUAUUAUGGGUUUACAUAUUGUAUCCGAUUAUGAAAAUAAACAAGUCCUAUAGUCCGUAA